AUGAUGAGACGCAACGAUUCUGAAUCAGAAGAAGGAGAGUUAUCUGAUCAAGAAGUUGUUCCCCCUCCGCAGAAACCUGUAAAGAAGAAUGCGGGGGCACUUUGGGCAGAAGUUGUUGAAUCACAGAAUCUAGAAGACGAAUUUAAAGCAUCUGGAGUGACUGAAGAUGGGGGAAAUUAUGUGGACCGAGGGGCCGAAAGCUUUCAUAUUCCUGAAGAGGCCGUCUUUGGUAAUCCCCCUGAACAAUCACACCAAAUUGUAAGUUUGACCUUUUUUCAAACUUGUGGCUUGUUUGGUAUUGCUAUGAUACGGCUUUGCCGUCUUUUAAUACAUUUUUUAGAAUGAGGAAGGUGAUGUUGACUUGUUUGAUGUAGCCUCAGUGUCAGAAAGAUUUGGUGUUAAGAGAGAUGUGUUGAGUCCAAACUCAAGGAAGAGACGAAUGGAAUCCCCUGAAUCGUCUUCGCGAGCAUCCAGUUCAUCUUCCCGUCCGAAUUCGAGAGGAUCAUUUAAGAUGAACAACAAAGCGAAAAAGAAGAAAGUGCUGGCCCUUCCUUUUAUGAGUAAUGGCUUCUCUUAUGAUCAGAUGUUUGAAUCAGAGAUUCCUGGAGAUCUGGAUGAGAAAGAAGUUGGAAAGCGAAUAGCCAAAGUAUUCGGAGAAUUGGAUGAUGUAAGUCAAAACAAGUGUAAUGUGAUCUGAUUGUUAAAAUUACUUUUAGGCCUCUGUUUGUUUCGCGGUGAAAACAAUUGGAGUACCUUUAGCUUUGGAAUUGUACAAUGAAGCAUUGAAGAUUGAGAAAGAAGGAGGAAUGGCUGUGGAGAAUGGAGCCAGAAGAAGAACACCGGGCGGAGUCUUCUUCAAAUUAAUCAAGGACAGCGACAAAGUGGAGAAACAGCUGAAGGUAACAGAAGUGGAUGUAAUUGUAUCAGCUUGUUAUCUAUUUCAGGCGAAAAUAAAUGAAAACAGUCGAAAAAUAAUGGAGAAGAUGAGAAAUGAGAAACAGAAACAAAAGGUAUGCUCAACUACAUAGAAACAGUGUUUUCUCUGUGACUCGCUAUAUUAGUAGGGGGUUUUUUUUCAUUUGUCAUGGAUGCUGUAACGUUUCGUAAUCGAGUCAACUUGUAUUACGUUCAAAUAUAUUUUGAAAACUGAUUUGUUUAAAAAUGUUAUAUCGUAACUUUUUGCACGGUGCAAUCACGAAAGAACGUCACAUUAUUUUAAAAGUAACAGGUUAAAUGUCACUCAGAAGGUCUUAACUUGACAAGUUUCCUUUCCAGGAGCGUAAUUUGAAACCUCUCCCGAAAGCGACGGACCUUCUGAAGCCAGAAGUCACAGCUCCCAGUGUUUCCGGUCCAGCCCCGACAUUCGAUCUCAAAUCGGAAAUCAAGAACCUUAUGGAUUUUGCUUAA